AUGGCGAAAACCUUAAUGGCGACGACUCGUCCAUACGUUCUUCUCUCCUCCACAAGAGCGAGCCUCCAUCUCCUUUUCCAGUCUCCAAAGAGACCCUUCGCUUCAUUUCUUUCAACUCUCUCAUCGUCCGCCGUGAGAAGCAGCAACUCAAGAUGCGUAAGCGCCGUUUUGUCUGCGCCGUCGCCGAUUUACAGCAAAAGUGUUUCUAGGGCUUUUGGGUUUGGUAUUGUUGACAUUCGCAGCCGUAAAUUCAGUACUAGAUCCUCUCAAGUCAACGAUGCUGGGUCUAUUGAUCUAACCCUUAUGCAAUCCAUGGAGCAAAAGAUCAAAGAGCAAUUGAAUGCAGAGUCAGUUUCAGUCAAGGAUAUGUCUGGAGAUGGACGUCAUGUUUGCAUCAAUGUGGUGUCAACGGCUUUUGAGGGACAAUCUGCAGUGAACAGACAAAGGAUGGUGUAUAAAGCCAUUUGGGAAGAGCUUCAGAACGUUGUUCAUGCCGUUGAUCAAAUGACUACAAAGACUCCUUCCGAAGUUUAA